AUUGUGGUAAAUGCCAGAAAUGAACUAGAAAAAAUGGUUUUUCUCCAGAUUCGAGCUUUACACGUUGCCUUGAUACUUUGCAAAAAUAUUUUCCUAACAGUGAAUAUUGAGAUUACCGCAUCUACCAGUAAGGCUGCGCUUGAAUUAAAAUUGUCUGGUAAAACUGGCCAGACGAUUCAUUUGGUAUUUAAGUUUGAUGAAUGUUUGAUGGUUAAUGAUGACCUUCUCGAUUCUAUCAUCCACCUAUUUACAAGAAGUGGAAUAACCGAACUGG